AUGGCUCUCUUCGGAACCAAGGAGCUAUGGCUCAGCACGUCCUGUGCUCCCUCGCGGAGACCUGAGCGGCCUGAGCCGCUGGACGCAAAAUACACAACAACAACAACAACAACCAACACACCACAAGAUUCCUCCCAGAAGGAGUUCCUGGAAUUCCAGGCCUUGGCCGCAGAACAUGGUGCCACUGAGAUCCGCUGGAUCCCCGGCCACACCAACAUCCCAGGUAACGAGCAGGCAGACGCCUUAGCAAAGGCAGGAACCUCUCAACCCGAGCCUGCAGACGCUCUCCCGACGCUGGCAUAUCUGCGCAAGGUCGCUAGGCAGCGACCAAAAGACGCAUUCAAAGCCUGGUGGGAAGUUUCUGCACCCCAACAGUACAGGGUCCUCGACCUCGAUGCCACGACUGGCUGCCCGCCAGAACUUACCAUUCCACGACCUCUGCUCCACCAUCUGCUCGCAGCAAGAACCCACCACGGGGACUUCAUCUCGGAACCGGCCCUGUUUGGUCACGACAAUGCGCGACUGACGUGCUCGUGCGGAAGACGAAAAGAGCCAGCACACAUCUUUUACUGCAGAAAGGUUGCGCCACGGCAUCGUAUGCGGCUUGCACCUUGGCCGGCUGCAGCCAUCAACCGCGCAAUCGGCAAGGACUUUGACAAAUUCACGGUCAUCAUUCUCCUCUCUCACCCUACCUUUUCCUCUCAAUCCUUUCUGUUACCUGCUCCGAUCUCGGCGGCGUCAAGGUCUCGCGACCAUGCGAUCGCCGAGGUCAUCAAGGGCUGCAAGGCCCCAGAAGCAAAUUGGCUGAUCUGA